AUGUCGGAAUUAGAGAGUAUUUUGAAGCAGAUUAAUGAAUCGUUGGAUUCGACUUCUGAAUCGAUCGAUAAGUUGAAGGCAGUGUAUGGUGAUGGGACCACAGGGGCUGGUGACGAGGUUCGCAGCAAGAUAGAGAGAAAUAUACUCAACGGUGCUGCUUCUGAGAAUGUUUCAUUGUUGUCGUUGAAGAACGGUAGCAUGUUGGGCUAUGUGUCAUCGUUGUUGAUGGUCAUUGGCAACAAACUAGACGUGAACACAGAGGAUGAGACGUGCGGGGCAGCUCGUGAAAAGGCUAUUGAGAGUCGUGUGGUCCUGGAGCGUGGUGUCAAGCCUUUAGAGAAGAAACUAGGUUACCAACUGGAUAAACUAACAAGAGCGUACACAAGAAUAGAGAAGGAAUACCUCGAUGCCGAGGCAAGAACGUUAGAGAAAUCACAUUCUAAGAAGGGAUCCGAUGGUUCCGACAAGGACGCCCAAUCCGAGAGCGAUUCAUCUAGUGAUGAAGAACUAUCUUAUAGACCUAACGCAGCCGGUCUAACCAAAUCUACUAAAACUUCAUCUCGUGGUUCCAAGGCUCCUAUCAACGAGGAGUCGUUGAGCGCUGCUGAAGAAAGUGAGGGCGAAGAUAAGAAAGGCGGUGUUUACAAGCCUCCUAAGAUUACUGCUAUGCUACCUCCACAACAACGCCACUUUGAGGAUAAAUUCAAUGCUCAAGAACAUAAGGACCGUAGCAAUAGAUCACGUAUGCAAGCAAUGGAAGAAUAUGUAAAGGAAUCCUCGGAGCAACCGGACUGGGAAAGCUCUAUUGGUGCCAAUAUUGUUAAUCACGGUAGAGGUGGUAUCAAGUCCUUGAGAGACACUGAGAAGGAACGUAAAGUAACAACAUAUGAAGAAGAUAACUUCACCAGAUUGAACACUGUUGGUAAUAAACUGGAAAGAAGAAAACAAAAACAAAGAGAAAGAAUGGCUAAAGUUAACAUGAUCGGUGGUGAAGAUUUCAGUAUCUUUAACUCCAAGAGAAAAUUCGAAGAUAGUACAUCAAGACGUGGCAAUAAGAAAUCUCAUACUGCCUGGGAUAGAGCCAAGAGAAAAAUAUAA